CGAUGUUGGGAAAAUUUACUUCGAAUCAUGUCCAAAUUUAUCACCACUAUUCACGUACUGUUUCAUUAAGAAAACCUCGAAAGAUACAUAAAAAAUAAGCGUAUACAAAUUUUCCAUUACAUAACGAUACCUCAUAGCUCUAACCAAAAAUUAAGUCAUUUCCAUAAUCAAAAUUGGCGCUGGCGGCAGGAUACAACCGACCGCAGGCGCGCUUAACUUCAUAUCAUCCGCGUAACAGAGCGGCCAAUUGGAAUAUGUUGAAGCAGAAGCGUUUGGGAAAGCAGAAGCCCAAAGCAAAACCGAUACCAUGGGGCCUGAAAAAAAUCUGUUGGGGGCUGAUUAAUAUUACUGUGCCCAGGCAUCAACCUCGUAGUUGGAUCGAAACAAAUUUUCAAAAACGUGAAUGCAUUAAAUUUGUACCUUGUCCCAAGGAUGAAACAACAUGCUGCUGUGGUCAAUCACGACAAACUCACCAAACGAUACCUGGCAUCGAAAGUGGCUCUCCAGGAGAUGCCUGGCUGCCACAGAAACAUACACGUGCACAACCCACCGACGCUUAUGGUACUAUUGAGUUUCAAGGAGGUGCUCAUCCUACAAAAGCGCAGUAUGUGCGCUUGUCUUUUGAUACCCGUCCAGAACUCUUGGUGCAACUCUUUACAAAAGAAUGGAAUCUGGAACUGCCUAAAUUACUUAUAACUGUACAAGGUGGCAAAGCCAAUUUUGAACUGCAACCAAAGCUGAAAAAGGAAAUUCGUAAAGGUUUAUUAAAAGCUGCCAAAACAACGGGUGCUUGGAUUUUCACUGGCGGCACAAAUACAGGUGUUACGAAACAAGUUGGAGAUGCGUUGUUAUUGGAGGGCCAACAGCGUUCCGGACGUGUUGUUAGCAUUGGUAUUGCACCGUGGGGCAUUGUGGAACGUAAUCAUGAGUUACUCGGCCAUAAUCGUGAGGUGCCUUGUCAUAGCAUAAGUUCCCCCAGAUCAAAGCUAGCUGUGUUGAAUAAUCGUCAUGCAUACUUCUUGUUGGUAGACAAUGGCACACAAGCCAAAUAUGGCGCCGAAUUAAUACUAAGAAGAAAAUUGGAAAAAUUCAUCUCAAAUCUAAAACUACAUCCAUUUACACAUUCCAGCACACCCGUGGUUUGUCUUGUCAUCGAAGGAGGUACAAAUACUAUACGUGCAGUGCUCGAGUACGUGACAGAUACGCCGCCGGUACCUGUUGUGGUAUGUGACGGCUCUGGUCGUGCUGCCGAUUUAAUCGCUUUUGUGCAUAAAUAUGCGUCAGAUGGUGAUGAGCAGCCUGUGCUGGAGUCCAUGCGGGAUUACUUAAUUGGCACAAUACAAAAAACUUUCGAAGUUGCCAUGGAUCAGGCCGAAAAACUUUAUCAGGAACUUUUGCAGUGUACACGCAAUAAAAAUUUGAUUACAGUUUUCCGUAUACAAGAGAAGCCCGAAGGCGAAGCGCAAGAAUUGGAUCAAACUAUACUAACCGCACUGUUUAAGUCACAGCACUUAAGUCCACCGGAACAGCUUAGUCUGGCGUUAACUUGGAAUCGUGUUGAUAUCGCACGUAGUGAGAUUUUUGUCUAUGGACAAGAAUGGCCACACGGUGCCUUGGAUGAAGCGAUGAUGCAGGCACUUGAACACGACAGAAUCGAUUUUGUGAAACUGCUUUUGGAAAAUGGUGUCUCAAUGAAAAAAUUCUUAACAAUACCAAGACUUGAAGAGUUGUACAAUACAAAGCACGGCCCUGCGAAUACUCUGGGUUACAUACUACGCGAUGUUCGUCCACAUAUUCCAAAAGGUUAUAUAUACACCUUACAUGAUAUUGGUUUGGUUAUAAACAAACUAAUGGGUGGCGCUUACAGGUCCUAUUAUACGCGCCGAAAAUUUCGUCCUAUUUACGCAAAAGUUAUGAAUAGUUAUGCCAAUGCACAUCGUAAAUCCUCUACAUAUCAAAGAUGUGCCGGAGCAAAUUCAUUGAGUUUGGUCACAGGACUGUUGCCCUUUACAUCGGAAAUGGCACUUUUUGAGUUUCCAUUCAAUGAACUCUUGAUUUGGGCUGUGUUAACGAAACGUCAACAAAUGGCACUGCUAAUGUGGACUCAUGGUGAGGAGGCGUUAGCCAAAUCACUGGUUGCCUGCAAAUUGUACAAAGCCAUGGCACAUGAAGCAGCUGAGGAUGAUUUAGAUACGGAAAUUUACGAUGAAUUGCGUGCAUACGCCAAAGAAUUCGAAAGCAAAGGUAUCAAAUUACUGGAUUUUAGCUAUCGUACAGAUGCAGAAAAAGCGCAACGUUUAUUGACAUGCGAACUACAUUCAUGGUCAAAUCAAAGUUGUCUCUCAUUAGCAGUCGCUGCCAACCAUCGUGCACUUUUAGCGCAUCCUUGCAGUCAAGUUAUAUUAGCGGAUCUCUGGAUGGGUGGCCUACGUACACGAAAAAAUACAAAUUUAAAGGUUAUUUUGGGUUUAGUUAUGCCAUUUUAUAUAAAAUGCCUCGACUUUAAAACAAAAGAAGAGCUGCAGCAAAUGCCACAAACUGAAGAAGAGCACUUGGAAAAUCAAAAUUUAGAUAAUGACGAUUCAGAUCGCUCACAUCCUGAUGCAGAGAAUGCUCUUACAAAAGCGAAAAGAACUAUUUCAAUGAAAUGUAGGAUGACGAGUAACAAUAAUCCCGAAAAGGCACUUUUGGCAGAUACCUAUUCCCUACGCGAAACUAAAGUACAAGAAAAUGGAAAAGUUUCACUUACCGACUCUGAUCCUUCGCAAUUCCGUGAAUUUUUCAACAUUGCGGAGUAUGAAAUAAAACAGCAGCAACCACUGCGUCUAAAAAAGAAAUUCUAUGAAUUUUAUACAGCACCCAUCACAAAGUUUUGGGCUGAUUCGAUUGCUUAUAUGUUUUUUCUGAUAAUGUUUACAUUUACCGUCCUGGUUAAAAUGGGUCCAUUCCCACGCUGGCAGGAAUUUUAUUCGAUUGCUUAUAUCACAGCGUUGGGAUUUGAGAAAAUUAGGGAAAUCAUUUCAUCAGAACCUGUCGCAAUUACGCAUAAAUUUUCCGUGUGGGCUUGGAAUAUGUGGAAUCCGUGUGAUGGUGCAGCUAUUAUAUUAUUUCUGAUUGGACUUUCAUUUCGUUUCCGUCCCAAUACGAUGGAUGUCGGACGUGUUAUUUACUGUGUCGACAGUAUUUAUUGGUACCUGCGGUUGUUAAAUAUAUUGGGUGUAA